AUGAUUAUUGAUGAUGUAAUUUCCAUUAAACCAUAUUGUGACUCCCUGGAUUGUUUGGUUGUUGGUCACCACGUUGAUACUGAGUUGGUAUUAGAGGACUUUACCGAUACAGAUUUGAUGGCUCUUAUUUCUUGUUCAAGGAAAGAGUUCAAACCCACCGAUGAUGAACUCAUCCAGUUGUUUCUUUACAACAAGGUCAAUGGGAAACCAUUGCCUAGAGAUGUUACUAUUCUUGAAUAUGAUUUAUAUGGUGAAAAGAACCCUUGGGAGAUUUGGGAAGCCUUUGGAGAUUCUAACUCUUACGGUGGAACUGACAUUUACUUCUUCACCACCUUAAAGAAAAAAUUCUCCAGUGGCACACGCUCUGUUCGUACCAUUGGGUGUGGUUCUUGGGAAGCUGAAGACAAGGGAAAAAAGGUUAUGGCCAAUGGCACAAUGCAAUGUAUUGGGAUAAGGAGACGUUUACGAUUUGAGAAAAAUGGCACCAACCAUGAUGGUGCUUGGAUCUUGCAUGAAUACAGACUUGAUUCUUCAUUGUUACACAAUGGAUCUGCCGACAACUAUGUUCUAUGUAGAUUCAGAAAGAAUUUAAGACAUGAUCUUCACAAAAAGCAGGGAGUGAAAAGAAUUAGACAAAAAGAUUUCACUGUGAAGCAAACGAGAAAGACGGUUGUUCUUGAACUUGAAGCUCCUACCACACAUGUCGACAGGACGAAUGAGGUGGAGAUUUCCAAGAGAACUGAGUUGGUAUAUAAGGAAAAAGAAGAUGAUGGUCUCACCAUGACUUGGCCACAUUUAUUUUCGAUGCAGAUGAGAGAGGCUAAUGGAGUCUUAGUCCAAGAAGAAGAGAUCCAAAUGCUUCCUAAUACAUUUUAUAAUGAAUUUUUAUUGGAGAGGUUAUCGUUAUCCUACUUAUGA